CUGCCCUGCAAUGAGAGGGAAUUCCCACAUUUGCACCCAAAAUGGUACCAUCACAAAAGAUUCAAAGACUUCUCUAGUAAUUGGCACCCUCGGAUGGAAGUGUAGCACUUGAUCCUUGACUGGCCCUGGAGUCCUCUGCAGCACCCAGUCUCUAUCCGCUUCAUUGACAAAGAAGAACUAGAGAAGACCCAUUUUCUCUUUCGUGAUCUGUACCUUACAGUUCCAGGCUCCCGUGACAAUCUUAUGGAUCACAACCAAACUGGGCGGAUUAUCCAUAAAUAGUUUGCCGAAGAGGCUCAAUUUAUCCCACUACAUAUCAGUCGCCACAUAUUCCAUGGUGAACUCCACUACUUGAUCCCCAAAAACCGACCUUGGUCCCCCAUUUCUCUAGCUUUGUUUGUUGCAGAGAUGCUGGGAAGGAGAAUCAAGUGUCCUUGGAGUCUCUGGUGAGGAGGCGUGGAUGCAUCUCUUCCUCUUCUCUCUCUCUCUCUCUCUCUAUCUCAACUCCAUGGUCGUUGCCAGCAGCCAAUCACUCACCGCGACCCCGUUGUUGGCAUUAGUUCCGUAGAAUUGUUCACUCACCGAGAACCUGCCGAUGAUAAUCAUUCUUCUUCGUCGGUGUAGCCAGACACCAAAGAGCCUUUGAAAUCCUCGGCGACUAUGAUUCUCACAAGAAUCUCUCUUUCUCUUCUCUCAACUUUACCAGAUCAGGUGGGUUUCUGUGAUUUCUUUUUGAGCGAAGCGAGUUUCUUGUGAGAAUGAUCUUUACCCAUCUCUCCAUCCCUCAAAUCUUUAUUGCCUCUUUAUUUUCAGAUUCAUCCUGGGUCGAGGAAGUUCUGGACCUAGAUCUGUGAGGGUGUUUUUCCUUGAAGAAUCAGCAUCGUUCUCUUUGUCUCUUCACGUCAAGGGAUGCAGUUCUGGGAUUUCAGGUGGCCGUCGAAUCUCCGUUUAUAUUUACUUCUUGAUCUCCCUUCUCUCUUUCUUUUCCUUUUAAUUUCUACCAUUUAGAUGCUUUCCUGUGACCAUCGGCAAAGAGGGAACUAUAAUUAAUAGUUUGUUUCUCUCCUUCUCACUUUCAGAUUCUUUACUUGGUGAGCGACCGAUGGGUAGCUACAAGCUCAAGUUGAGGAAAUCAUGAAAUCAAUCGCGGUGCUCUGGUUCCCUUCUUUGAAAUCUCAAUCAUCGUCUCACUUCCAAAACACACCAAUUCCUGGGGGAUUCGCUCGGUUCAUGAUAUGCAAAUCUCCAUUCGCUGAUUUUUGUGACGCGGGAAUGAAUAUCUGGAAGGUUCUUCGGGCUGGCGCAACCCCGCUUCCAUCUGCUUCAUCAGAGUGCCUUAAUAUGAAUUCUCUUGUGUUGGCCAAUAUCAAUAGUUCGUUCUAAGUUAAUCAAUGACACGAGGAAGAACAUUCGGUGUGAACUGUAUUUUGGUGGUGACGAGAAUCGCUAGAUGAGGCAAAGAGGCUUAAGAACUAAGAAUUCUGUGAGCCUUCUUUCUUUGAAUUCUCCAUUUUGUUUGAGUGACUCUAAUUCUCAUCCUGAAUCUUUCUUUGUCAAUGUUUUAUGCCACGUAUUUAUCAGAUUUCAUACUCGUAACAAUCAAAGCCAUUCGAGAAGCAUGUACCCGUAGCAAAAGUGGCUGGUUUUGGAUUAAUGUUUUUGCACCCAUAACACAGUCCCUGGACUGCUAGCUUCUCAAUCGUGAAAGUUCAGGUAGCUUCUGUUUUGGUUCUUGCAAGCUUGCAGUAUCUCUCCCUCUUCUCUCUCUCAUUUUAGCUCCGUGGUCGUUGCCAGGGACCAUGGAAUCACUGAGAACACAUCAGUUACGAUACCUCUCGGAUGAAGAGGAGGUUUGGUAUUGCAAUCCGGAGAGUAUGCGAGGAAGACUCGGAUCGUGGAUUCUUUUUGGCUUCAGGAUAUUAUUUAUUCUCUUUGUAUCAGUUGAGUUUGUGUAUUGUCUAGCGUGUUCUGAGAUAUAAAAUGGAGGAUUGUUUGAUGGGUUUUGCAGAUCUACAUGAUGUUUUUAUUUUGCCACCUCGACGAGGGCAAAAGGGUUAAUGGUACACUAGCACUAGCUCUCCGAUCCUCCGGGGAACGUGGUGCUACUGAGGCGAGGCGGAAACAGUGGCUGGUGAUAGAAGGGUACCACGUAUUUCCUUGGGGAUAUAAGAGAUGAUAAGUUCCAAGCACAAGAUGAGCCACAUAAGCAUUUCAACCUGUGGGUAUAUUUCUGGAGGCAAGUUUGGGUUUUUCUUUUAUUUGAUGUUUUCUUAAACUCCCUACUCUCUUUCUUUGUGUUCUAUAUUUGUUUUGCCUCUGAUUUUUAUGAUCGAACUCUAAUUUAUGCCUUCAUGUCAUUGUUUUCUGGUGGCUGGAUAUUUGAAAGCCAUGGAACAAGUUGGAUUUGCUUUUCAGAUCAACAAUAUAUAUGGCUAGGAAUGGAUCCUUCCAUAUUAUAGAUGGAACUAAGUAUCUCAAAUCCGCUCCAUUUAUGUUAUAGUGUUCUACAUGAUUGUUUAUUCUUCAGUUAAUAAUUGAUAUUAAACUUUUCAUAAUAUCAGCAUCAUGCAAUGAAUUAUAUUGCAAGGCAAGGUACUGUAGGUGAGUAGUGAAUGACACGCAUAUAGUUCAACACUAAUAUGAUUCACAUGUUUCUUCCAAUUGUGACAGGAUCAAUGGAGGGAAAUCCAAACAAUGAAUUGUAUAUCUGUUUGAUGCUUUUGAGGACAAUCAUGGUUGCAGUUUGAGAAAUUGGCAAGCGAGCUAAACUGUUGAGCUAUUUUGUUUCAUUGGUUGAAGUGUUCGUGCUGCGUGGUCUUUUCUAAUUUGUAAGAUACACUACUGUAGGUGGUCGUUGGUCAAUCCUUCACUACAAAGGAUAAAGUUUUUAGGUUCUUGAAUUUUACUCAGUUUUGACCUUUUAGCUAUGUUUGUUUUUCUUUGCUCACUCGGGGAAUUUCAAUCCAAUAUAAAAUGUUCAUGAGC